AUGAAAGUGCUGAAGAAGACAGAGGUGGUGCGACUGAAGCAGGUCGAGCACAUCAAUUCCGAGAAGCAGAUCCUGUCCCAAGUCCACUUUCCCUUCAUCGUCAACCUGUUUACGACAUUCCAGGAUGAUCGCAACUUGUACAUGCUGCUGGAAUACGUUAUCGGAGGCGAGCUGUUUUCACACUUACGAAGGGCAGGACAGUUCACAAACGACAUGACACGAUUCUACGCCGCAGAAAUCGUCCUUGCUAUCGAAUACCUGCACUCAAGAGACAUCAUCUACCGUGAUCUCAAGCCUGAGAAUCUCCUUCUCGACUCGUCAGGGCAUGUCAAAAUUACAGAUUUCGGCUUUGCCAAGCGCGUUUCAGACAGAACGUGGACGCUAUGCGGAACGCCCGAGUAUCUUGCACCCGAGAUUAUUCAGUCAAAAGGACACGGAAAGGCUGUGGACUGGUGGGCAUUGGGCAUCUUGAUCUUUGAGAUGUUGGCAGGAUACCCACCGUUCUUUGACGACAACCCGUUCGGCAUCUACGAAAAGAUUCUGGCCGGCCGCAUCUACUUCCCAGCACAAAUCGACUCCACCGCCAAGGAUCUCAUCAAAAAGCUGCUCACCGCCGACCGAACAAAACGACUCGGAAACCUCAAGGACGGGUCGGAUGAUAUUAAGAAUCACAAGUGGUUUAGGGGAGUCGACUGGCAGGGGUUGCUGGACAGGACGGUCAAGGCACCCAUUGUACCACCCUAUGUACACCCAGGCGAUACUGGCAACUUUGAAAAGUAUCCCGAGGUGACGGACGACGACGCUACCCAGGGCGACCCUUACAGGUCGCUAUUCAUGAACUUUUGA